AUGACAUACACCCUCCUCGCCUUCCUCCGCCGCAAACCCGGCCUCACGCCAACUGCCUUCAAAUCUCACUACGAGAACCACCACAUCCCCCUCCUCAAGGACAUUCUCGGCCCUGGCCGCUUCCCUACCGUCCACAAACGAUACUAUUUACCCCGGGUCGAGGAGUCUAUCCCAGACAUCAAGGACAAAUCCCCAGGCGAGACCACCGCUACUGAUCCCCGUCCCCCCCGCGAGGGAGUCAUCCUCCCCAGCACCGUAGCCGGGGAAUUCUCCUGGGACUGCUGUGCAGAGGUUGUCUUUCGUGAUCAGGUCCACUACGAGGCGUUUCAUGAGGCGUUAGUGGCACAGGGGGAGCGGUUACGCGCGGACGAAGAACGGUUUUUGGAUCGGGGGAGGAUGAGGGUUGUGUAUUUUGUGGCGGGGGCGGAGGUUAGUACUUUUGCUGGGUAG